AUGAACAACGAGCAAUUCCGCAAGCUGGUGCAGAACACACCGGCAAGAAAGGAUAAUGCCUCGCCUACAGACAAGACGGGGUUCGGGGCGAAGAAGUCGAGCCUGCUGGGCGGUAUGACGCCGCGGCCAGGGAAGGGUUCUGUCAGCAGUAACAACGACUUUGYGCGCCAGAUCCGUGAGCGUCACGCCUCUCUGCAGCCAACGAAAAAGUUCAAGACAUAUGCGCCCAAAGGAAGCAAAUUCGCUGCAGGCUAUGUCGACCGAGCAAAGGCCAGGCAAGAAGCACAGGACGCAGAAGAUGACAAGGAGCAGCGUGUCAAGGCCCUUGAGGAGCAGGUGAAGCUAGGGCAGCUGCCUUUUGAGACCUUCGAAGCUCUGCGCGAUCAGAUCACAGGAGGCGACUUCGAGAGUGCACAUCUGGUCAAAGGCCUGGAUCGAAAGUUACUAGAGAGGGUACGAAGGGGCGAGGAUGUCAUGGGGGUUGGUGGGAGCAAAAGCGAGGCAAAUGAGGAGGAACCGGUGGACGUUGACGACGAGCUCGAUAAACUGGAAGAGCGCGAGGUGGAGACCGUCACACGAGAGAAGGUAGAGAAGAGAGGAUCAAUGGCUCCGACACCAGUCGCAGGUGUGAAGCGGACUAGGGAUGAAAUCGUGGCGGAGCUCAAGGCGCAGCGAAAAGCUGCGGCGGAGGCCAAGGCUGCUGCUGCUCCUGCUCUCGACGGCAGGUGGAAAAGAGUGGGCGAGCAGAACAAGCCCAAAAUCGAGAUCGACCAUAAAGGUAGAGAGGUACUCAUUACCGUGGGUGAGGAUGGGGUCGUCAAGAAAAAGAUUCGCAAGCUUGCGUUGGAAAACGCCGUAGAAGAUAAAUCUGCGGCCAAUAUGCCGGAGCCAAGUAAGGAGGUCCUCGGCGCAGACUUCGCCGUACCAGCGCAACCUAUGCAAGCUAUUCCGGACGAUGAUGAGGACGAUGACAUCUUCGAGAACGUCGGCACGGAAUAUAACCCUUUGGGAGACAUGGAUGAUGACGGCGACAGCGAUGACAGUGAUGAUAGCGACGAUUUGGACAAGCCAUCCAAGGAUAAGACGUCUGUUGUAGCGAGUAAAGUGCCGACUGCAAAUCCGACCGCGUCUAGCAUUCCAUCCUCAGAGCCACCAACUGACUUACCCAAACGAAAUUACUUCAACGAAAGGAAUGCUCCACAGGAUCAGCAGCCCGUCGAAAAUUUCAAGGACAUUGAGAACAUCAUCAAGAAGGCGGCCAGACUUGGUGCUGCUGGUGCCAACGGGGAUGGAGAGGAUGGGCCCAGUGAAGACAAAGAGGCUCAAGCUGCUCGUUUGGCUAAACGCGCCAAAAUGCUCGCACAAGAAGACCGGGAUCUCGACGAUAUGGAUAUGGGCUUCGGGAGUAGCCGUUACGAGGACGAGCAGGAAGGGGGUGAGGAGAAAAGAGUCAAAUUGUCGGAGUGGAAAGGCGGCGCUGCGGGUGGAGAUGAUGGUUGGGAGGAUGACAAGAAGAGUCGUGGCGACAAACCGAAACGCAAGCCAAAGAAACGCAAGGGAGACGUCAACAAUGCGGCCGACAUAUUCCGUGUGAUUGAGGGCCGUAAAGCGGGAAACAAAUGA